UCCUUCAUUGGUAAUUUUCUUGUGUCCUUUUGUAUGUAUCAUUGAAUUUGUGUUCCAAAGCAUUUGUUUCAACCUUUUAUCUUUCCUGUUUUUAUGUGUUUGAUCUAGAUUGGUGAUGGGCUGGCUGCAAUUCGUAGAAGCCGGGAGAAAAUUUGACUGUAUUAACAGUCCAAACACAGCACAUCCCAUUCCCGUUUAUGUAGAAGAGGUUGAAAAUAUUAUCAGUGUUGCCCAGUAUAUUUUAGUUGUGGAAAAAGAAUCAGUAUUCCAGCGACUAGCAAAUGAUCAAUUCUGUAAAAGAAAUCGUUGCAUUGUCAUCUCCGGGAGAGGCUAUCCUGAUGUUCCCACAAGGAGAUUCCUGCAGCUCCUCACUGAGAAACUGUGCCUGCCUACAUAUUGCCUAGUAGAUUGUGAUCCGUAUGGCGUUGACAUCUUGGCAACAUACCGAUUCGGCUCCAUGCAAAUAGCGUAUGAUGCAAAAUUUCUACGUGUCCCUGGGAUAAGGUGGCUUGGAGCUUUUCCUCUUGAUUGUGAUACCUAUUGUGUUCCAAAGCAAUGCCUUUUGCCCUUGACAGAAGAAGAUAAGAGGAGAGUUCAGGCAAUGUUACAAAGAUGUUACAUGCAAAGAGAAGUGCCCAAAUGGAGGAUUGAACUAGAGGUGCUGCUAGAGAAAGGAGUGAAGUAUGAGCUAGAAGCGUUAUCUGCCUGCUCACUUUCAUUUUUGACGGAGGAGUAUAUACCUUCUAAGAUUCAAGGAGGAGGGUACAUAUGAAACAUAUUUACCACCGUACCAUUCUUCUCUCUCGGCUACCCUUAUAAGUACUUUUUUGGUUUUAUUCCUGGACAAAGGGUAUUUAAGUUAUUUUGGAAAGUCAGAAAUCGACAGUUCACAAGUGUGGUUGUAACUGGUAGCAACUUGAAACCUAUUGCUGUUUAAAAAAUUUACUAAGUUUUG